AUGUCGGCACGGGACCCUUCAAGUCAGGGCAUCGUCUCCUUGGCGAGGCCUUUCACUGUCGCCGAAGAGCUUGCGCACCUGUCGGUCAGUCAGCAGGCCUACCUCCAACGUCAUCCACAAUGGCAGCAGCUCGCAGUCGGCGCACUCGUCUUCAAUGCCGGCCGGUUGCUGCUCGUCCAGCGCAGCGCGACAGAGCGCGCGUUUCCGAACGUCUGGGAGGUGCCGGGCGGGUCCGUCGAUGCAGACGACGAGACAGUGCUGCAUGCAGUGGCCAGAGAACUCGAGGAAGAAACAGGGCUCCACGUCACGUCCAUCAAGCACGAGGUCGGCGUGGGAGUGCAGUUCCGGACGGGGUCGGGAGAGAAGACGACGAACUGGCUCAAGGUCGCGGUCGAGGUCGAGGUGGCUGAGCAAAAGGCCGAGGCAAUUGCCAUCAGGCUUGACCCCGUCGAGCAUCAGGAUUACUUGUGGGUCGAGGAGGAGGACGUCAGACGCGGCGAGGUCAACGGCACGCGGCUGGAGUUCAUGACGGCGGACCAACGGGCGCUGGUGCUGGAGGGCUUCAGGCUGAGGCGGCCGGCGGCGUAG